AUGAUCCUAAGCUUACAGCGAUCUCUGGACCGGUAUAACCACUACACAAGCAACAUCGUGGUACCUAAUAAUGUGCGAGCUCCUAUUAGUUACCGCACCUCUGAGUAUGUCAUAAGUUUUCGCGUAGGUACACCUGCAGUAGACACAUAUGCCGUCAUAGACACAGGUAGUGAUUUAACGUGGCUCCAGUGCAAACCUUGCCACAAUUGCUACAACCAAGAAAUACCCAUGUUCGAUCCACGCAAAUCUACAAGUUACGCUAAAGUUGGAUGUGAAGAUGUUAGAUGCAAGGCAGAAAGAGGCAGCACGUGCGAUAAAGAUGGUAGUUCUUGCCGCUACAAUCUGCAUUAUGGUGACUCUGGGCAUUCACAAGGAAUUCUGUCAACGGAAACUUUCGUCUUUCAAUACGAUAGUCGGUCUGCAAAUAUUUCUAUACUAGAAUUAGCAUUUGGUUGUGGAUACGAUAACGGUUUCCCAUACAUAACUAGUCAACGUGUCGGAGCACCAGGAUUGAUCGGUUUAAGUAGGGAUCCUUUGUCUUUGAUUUCACUACUAGCUUUCGAUCACUUUUCCCAUUGCUUAGUACCAAUGACUUGGAACAAAACAAGUCUAUUACGCUUCGGAUUAGAUGCAAUUAUGACCAAGGAUACCACUCCGAUGAUGGAUUAUGGUAAUUUAACCACUGGAGCUUUUUAUGUGUUGUUGGAAGGAAUCAGUGUUGGCGAGAGAGGGCUGCAUAUCCCAGACGGAACCUUCGAUAUUACAGCAGACGGGGUAGGAGGAGUGAUUAUUGAUACUGGUACAAAGUACACGUAUCUUCAUCUUGUGGCUCAUGUUUUUUUGAUUGCAGAACUAGAGGCACAAAUUAAACUGGAUUAUGUCCCUCCAAGUCCAGAGGAUAUAUUUCCCAAUGUUUGGGAAGAAGUUGGUGAUAGCAAAAUAUGCCUAACCUUGCUUGAAACAGACGAUGGUCUGACAAUUAUAGGUGCUCAGCAGCUACAAAAUGUUAAUGUCGGAUCCACCAUUUCAGCAGUUGUAGCAUGUCAACAGCACAGAUUUGCAGCUAAUGAUACCCAAUUUUGUAAUGAGAUAUACCCAAUUAUGUCCUAA